CCGGUCUAUAGCCCUUGCAAGGUAUAGUGACCAUGUGUAUAUCACCAUCCACUACUGUCUGUCCCAAGAAUGAAACCAGAAGCUGACUCCUUUGCUCGCUUGCAUCUGCCUUGUACUUCAAAGACCCUUCCAGCGUGAUAUUCUUGAAUGUACUACGACCCGUAUCUGUCACCUAUCAGUACCAUGCCCCUUCAUGCCUCAGUCUAUGUAUCCCCUUCGAUCCCAUGGUCCCUUCCCAACGGUCAACCAGGCGGUCCCUGGUCUCCAAUCUCAAGCACCCUCAUCCACACGGACACACAAGCCGUCCUAGUCGACACGCCCAUCACACAAUCCCAAACCGCCGAUCUAGCCAGCUGGAUCGAGCGCACUCUACCCGCCACAGCAAGCCUAUCGUACAUCUACAUCACUCACGGCCACGGAGACCACUGGUUCGGCACGAAUGCACUGCUCCAGAGAUUCCCCGGCGCUCGCGUCGUCGCGACUAAGGACACAAUAGCACAUAUGCAGAGUCAGAUCGAACCACGCAUCUUCAAAGCGAUGUGGUCGUCAAGAUUUCCCGGACAAAUCGACACUAGUUUCCAUCUUGCUGAACCUUUACCCGAGAGCGGUGAAUUCUGUAUCGAUGACAAAGAUACUAGUUAUAAGAUGAAGGCCAUCGAAGUCGGACAUGCGGAUACACAUAGCUCCACGGUCCUCUGGUGCGAGGACCUCAGGCUAGUGGUGGCAGGGGACGUGGUAUACGGCGAUGUACAUCAGAUGCUGGGCGAGGCUAACACACACGCUCUGCGUCUGGAGUGGGUUGCGGCGAUCGAUAAAGUCGCUAGCCUGAAUCCGAUGACGGUGGUCGCGGGACAUAAGAAGCCCGAUGAAAUCGAUGGGGUGUGGCACCUUGCCAGAUCGAAACAGUACAUUCUCGACUUUGACAAGUUGGUCGAGAGUGGGGAGUGUAAGACCGUGAGGGAUCUGGUUGCGAGGAUGAAGAGCUUGUGGUCGACGAGGUUCAAUGAUGGGGCGCUGGUCGUGGGCGCGAUCAAUGCGCUAAAGGUCAAGAAGAAGGGAGGGAGUGGCAAGUUGUAACGUUACAAUAUACAGCUCUGUGAUCGUUCAAGGGGACGCUUCGUAAGACGGACGCUAUGACACAAGACCUAGUCAAUCGAGGUAGUCCACGGCCCUCAACCGGGUGGAGUCAAC